AGAGAGAGAGAGAGAGAGAGAGAGAGAGAGAGAGAGAGAGAGAGAGAGAGAGAGAGAGGAAGGAAGAAGCUCACCAAGAGUCCUCGCCGGAGCCACCGCACGCCAGGACGUCAUCAAGCUCGUCAUCACCAUCAACCGCAGCUCGAGGCCAUCAUCGUGUUCCUCUCGUCAAGACGAAGCCGUAGACACCAACCGCGUCGCGAUCGGAGCCUGGACGAAGCCGUACGCGCCCCCCGAAGAUUCGCCUCUGCGCGCGCGUGAGUUCCACGCGCCGCCGUCGGACCACCGUCCUCCGCCGCAGCGCCGCCGCCGGACCACCGUUCUCCGCCGUCGCCGCCGGCCAACUUUCCGAUUUGGAGUCCAUUUGAGCAGCUGGAGUUCAUAUAUACCACUUCUCUUCAUUGCUAAGAUGGCGCCCAGGAAGAGAGUUGUUCGUACUCAGACUGCCAGAGUUGCUAGAGAGGCUGAGGAUGAGCAUGUCCAACCCGCAGUUCCGCAGCAGGCGGCUCCGCCUAUUGAUCAGGAUGAUGGGUUGUGAUUGUCUCUGCUCAUCAUGAAAACGUUUUGAAUCCGAGAAUUUCCAAAAGAAAACACAUCUUUACUUGGUUGAAAAACGUAUUGCUUAAACUUUUUCAUGAAUUGUUUUACUUAAGCUGUGCUUUGAAAAAGAUUUGGUGUAGAAAAAUGUAUGAACCAAAAUUACUUAGGCCAAAGAAUCAAUUUGAUUUCGUUCAUGAUGAUAAUUUUUCAGAUUUGGCAUUGUCACUUUCUUUCCCUAACCGUUUCACAGCUUGGCCUAAUUUUAAAAUUGAUAAACCAAUUUUUGGUGAUCAGUUUACUUGCUUAAUGCUUGCCCACGUGCUUGAAGAUUAUCCUAAGAGUUUGGAUCAUGUUUUUGAUGUCUUAAGGAUAGAGAAACCCUUUGAUUAUUUCUUUAUCAGAUUUGAUGUGGUUUCUCUAGUUGUUUUGAAUGAACAGGAUAAACAUGAUCAUUUCCCAAGGAGAGCAAGCAAUGAUGGACGCCAAAGGACUUGGAAUUACUUGAUGAAAACGACUUCAAAACUCCAAGGAUGUUUCUGUCCAAUCAUUUCAUUCAUUGAAUUUCCCUUGAGUUUUAAUUCUUUUGUAUCUAAUUUCUUUCCUUUUGAUAUAGGUACAAUGGAUUGAGGACAAAUCCUUUUGAAGAGGGAGAGUAUGAUGUGACCCAGAUCGAGCAUCGACCGGCUCGGAUCAUGGAUACGGCCCAAGGUGGCGUUCUUGUCAACCAGCUCGACCAAACCGACGUUUUCAUGUCGGAUCAUGCCAGUCUUGCUGCAUGUGAUAGUCCAUCUGAUCAUUCCGUCCAUGCUGAUCAUAAUUUCCCAAUGGAUCGUGCUGAUCAGACCGUCCAUACCGUCCCAUCCCGUCCCAUCCGAUCACCCCGACCGUACCGCACGUGCUGUCCACUGCAUCGACCCACAUACGCCCGUAAUGGAGCUCAGUCUUGAACCACGACCUAGAGAUAGAAUGAUCGACCCACAUCACUUCUUUCCCAACCAUUUCAACAUUCUAAGACUGAUCGUCAAAUCAGAAUCCACUUGGAACGAGAAGAAUCCAAAGAUGUUCACAGAUUUUCCUUUAUGGCUCUUUUGGUGUGUCCCGCGUGUCCCGAAGGCUGUACUGAAGUUCUUGCUUCAGUGUCCGACCCUAUGAUGGAUUUUUAUCUUUCAUAUUUCACUAAGACAUGGAUACUUGAGCUGUCAAAGGACUUGUUUCACAAUAGUAAACAACUUGGUUCAGCAGAUCAUCCGAUAGUUCAGUCCGUUCGUGUUAAUCACCCGACAGGCCGUGUGGAUCAUCGUGAUCACGUCCUGAUCCUUACACCAAGUACCAGCACGACCAGAAUGAACCUGGACAGAAGGAGAAGUCACUUUGCCCAGUCUUCAUCAAUUUCACCAACUUUGACUCCCUUUAUUAUUUUCUAGUCAAUGUUGUCUUUUCCUAGGUUUGUAUUUCCCAUAAUUGUUUAUGGCUUUCUUUGACUACAAAUCCUAUAUAUAUGGCUCAUAAGCCACGAAAUAAAACAUAUUUUUUCCUCCUUUUUAUGAGUUUAUUCUCUCUGUUCUUCGUUGAACAUUUCUUAAGUUUUCUUGGUGUGGUUAGCUCCAAGUUAACGCCUCUUUCUUGUUGCACCGGUGCGUCAUAUCCGGCAACAGAUCGAGUUUGCUUCCUUGUCAGACCUGUGAGUCAUAUCAGGCGACAAUCAAGCACUCUGGUAGUAUCAUUGGGCCAUCCGCAACCCUUUGUGUCACCGUUCAUUCCAUCAGUUCUCCUUCCUCACGGAUCGAGUCCAUAUCUUUCCUUACCGGUCAAAGUGAUCGUUCCUUUGGGCGCAUCAUAGACUGCAGAACAUCAGGUAUCCGAGUCAUGGUCAUUACCGGAGACAACAAGAGCACUGCUGAAGCAAUCUGCCGUGAAAUUGGAGUAUUCAAAGAAAAUGAGGAUAUCUCUUCAAGAAGCUUGACUGGAAAAGAGUUUAUGGAUGUUCAAGAUCAGAAGAAUCAUCUAAGACAAACUGGAGGGCUCUUGUUCUCGAGGGCUGAACCAAAGCACAAACAAGAGAUUGUUAGGUUACUCAAAGAAGAUGGAGAAGUGGUUGCCAUGACUGGAGAUGGAAUCAAUGAUGCUCCUGCACUGGAGUUGGCUGAUAUAGGAGUUGCUAUGGGCAUUGCCGGCACAGAUGUAGCAAAGGAGGCUUCUGACAUGGUGCUAGCAGAUGAUAAUUUCAGCACAAUCGUUGCAGCUGUUGGUGAAGGCACAUCCAUCUAUAACAACAUGAAGGCUUUCAUCAGGUACAUGAUCUCUUCCAACAUUGGUGAGGUUGCAUCGAUAUUCUUGACAGCUGCUCUUGGAAUCCCAGAAGGCAUGAUCCCAGUUCAGCUUCUGUGGGUGAAUCUCGUAACAGACGGUCCUCCAGCUACAAUUCUUGGAUUCAAUCCCCCUGAAAAGGAUAUUAUGAAGAAGCCUCCUUGCAGAAGCGAUGACUCGCUAAUCACUCCCUGGAUCCUCUUCUGUUAUAUGGUGAUUGGUAUGUAUGUGGGAGUUGAAACUGUGGGAGUAUUCAUCAUAUGGUACACACACAGUAGCUUCAUGGGCAUAGACUUGAGCCAAGACGGUCACAGCCUUGUGAGCUACUCACAGCUAGCACAUUGGGGCAGUAGGAGAGAGAGAGAGAGAGAGAGAGAGGAGAGGAGAGGAGGAGAGAGAGAGAGGAGAGAGAGAGAGAGAGAGAGGGAAGGAAGAAGCUCACCAAGAGUCCUCGCCGGAGCCACCGCACGCCAGGACGUCAUCAAGCUCGUCAUCACCAUCAACCGCAGCUCGAGGCCAUCAUCGUGUUCCUCUCGUCAAGACGAAGCCGUAGACACCAACCGCGUCGCGAUCGGAGCCUGGACGAAGCCGUACGCGCCCCCCGAAGAUUCGCCUCUGCGCGCGCGUGAGUUCCACGCGCCGCCGUCGGACCACCGUCCUCCGCCGCAGCGCCGCCGCCGGACCACCGUUCUCCGCCGUCGCCGCCGGCCAACUUUCCGAUUUGGAGUCCAUUUGAGCAGCUGGAGUUCAUAUAUACCACUUCUCUUCAUUGCUAAGAUGGCGCCCAGGAAGAGAGUUGUUCGUACUCAGACUGCCAGAGUUGCUAGAGAGGCUGAGGAUGAGCAUGUCCAGCCCGCAGUUCCGCAGCAGGCGGCUCCGCCUAUUGAUCAGGAUGCUUUGAGACAGAUGGUUCAGGAUGCGGCUAGGCAGGCUGCACAGGAGACAGUCCAGCAAGCUGCCCAGGAGGCUGCCCGAAUAGCUGCUCAGGAGGUUGCCAGACAGAUGGCUGCAGUACAGCAGGGUCCGCAGAUUCGCAUGCAGCAGGCUCCACCAGUUCAGGUUCAGCAUUAUCAUCAGGUUCCACAUCAGCCGGCUCCAGUCCAGCAGUACCCUCAGGUUCCUGUUCAGCCGGUUCCAGGAGUUUUUCAGGUUCCACCGCCGCCACCUGCUUUCCCAGUUCAGGUGCCCGAGGUUGAUGAGACAUUUAUCAGGGUGUUGGGACAGAUGAAGUAUGUGAGCUUGGAGCAUUUCACUGGAACGACGGAACCUACAGUUGCUCACGAUUGGAAGCACAAUUUGGAUAAGUGUUUGAAGACCAUCUCGUGCCCACCAAGGCUCAAGCUAAACAUCGCUGAGUUGUAUUUGCGCGGAGAUGCAUCAAUCUGGUGGGAUGGAGUGAGAUUGAUGCACCGUGGCGAGCUGACAUAUGAUGAUUUUCUUUACGCGUUCAAUAAGAAGUAUUUUCCGAGGGAAGCUUUGCAUGAGAAGAAGAAUGAUUUCGAGCAUUUGAGACAGGGUGCAAAGUCUGUCAGGGAGUAUGAGCGGGAGUUUAACCAGCUCCGCAGAUUUGUGGGUAACAACAUAGAUGAGGAGGAUCUGAUCAGGAGGUUCUUAGAUGGGAUGCGAGUAGAGCUUCGUGGUAGGUGCAGUGUGGUUACCUACACCAGUUUGGAGGAUCUGGUAGAGAAGGCGGCUGUGCAGGAGAAAUGUAUGGGUGAGGAGCAGAAGUUCUCCAAAGCAGUUCAGCCUAAGGCAGGAGGGGCUUCGGGGUCGCAGAAGAGGCCUUGGGAGCAGACUGGAGCACCCCGUUGUGGGCGUUGUCGUCGCCACCAUUUUGGGGAAUGUUUCCAGUGCUAUAAUUGCGAUCAGUUUGGGCAUCUUGCGAAGAACUGUAGGAAGCCACCACGAACUCAGGUUGCAACACCAGCAGCAGCAGUAGCACCAGCAGUGGCAACGAGGAACUGUUACGGCUGCAACCAGCCGGGUCACAUCUACAGAGAUUGUCCGAGGAGAGGCAAUGCGGCACUUCCACCACCACCGAAGCGUCUAGCCAUCGCUCCACGUGUCUUUGCAGUUGGAGAUCCCCAGGGAGCUGAGCCGAUAGCGGGAUCGGUUUUGGUUGGAGGAAAGUCAGCUCACACCUUAUUCGACACGGGAGCCUCUCAUAGUUUUGUGAGUCCACGCUUAGCCCAGUCUUGGCCUUUUCGGGGUGUAUUCGAACCGAAGGCUAAGAAGAUUCAGACUGCCGGCACGGAGAGAUUGGGAGCAGUCGGCGUCCAUCGCAAUGUACCAGUUAUUCUUGGAGGAGUUGAGUUGCUCGGAGAUUUGACGGAACUGGAGAUGAGCUGCUACGAUGUUAUACUUGGAAUGGAUUGGUUGUCACGACAUCAAGUAGUACUGGAUUGUCCGAGAGCGAGAGUCCAUAUCCCCAGAGCAGAAGGGAAGAUCAUAUUCCAGGGGAUUAAGACGCACCAUGGAAUUUCCAUUGUCUCCAUGUUGCGCGCAGAUGAGCUACUGGAGAGAGGAGCAGAAGGAUUUUUGGCGACCAUUUCGAUGGUUAAGGAGGAUGGUCAGCAGGAGCUGCAUGACAUUCCAGUGGUUUUCGAGUACGAAGACGUUUUUGAGGCUUUAAAAGGGCCGCCACCAGCUAGAGCAGACGUUCUUGCGAUCGAGGUGGAGCCAGGAGCAACACCAGUUUCACGAGCCCCAUACCGCCUUGCACCAGCUGAGAUGGCGGAAUUGAAGAAACAGUUGGAAGAGUUAUCAGAUAAGGGAUUUAUCAGGCCGAGUACUUCACCGUGGGGAGCACCAGUGUUGUUCGUGAAAAAGAAAGAUGGGAGUUUCAGACUUUGUAUCGACUAUAGAGGUCUGAACAAAGUGACCAUCAAGAAUAAGUAUCCGCUUCCGCGUAUUGACGAGUUGUUGGACCAGUUGCAGGGAGCUUCUUGGUUCUCUAAGAUUGACUUGGCAUCGGGAUACCACCAGAUUGCGAUAGCUGAUGGAGAUGUGCGGAAGACGGCCUUCCGUACACGCUAUGGGCAUUAUGAGUUUGUGGUGAUGCCAUUUGGAUUGACGAACGCACCGGCAGCGUUCAUGAAGCUUAUGAAUGAUGUGUUUCGGGAGCACUUGGAUAAGUGUGUGAUCGUUUUCAUCGACGACAUUUUGGUUUAUUCUCGGAGUAGAGAAGAGCAUGCUGAGCAUUUGAGGGUUGUGCUGGAUAAGCUUCGGGAACACCAGUUGUUUGCCAAGCUGAGUAAGUGUAGCUUUUGGCAGAGGAAGAUUGGAUUUUUGGGCCAUGUGAUUUCAGAAGCAGGAGUUGCCGUAGAUCAGGAGAAGAUUACCGCCAUUUCAGAGUGGCCGACGCCAAAGAAUGCUACGGAGAUCCGCAGUUUUCUCGGUUUGGCGGGGUACUACAGGAAGUACGUCAAGAGUUUUGCUAGCAUUGCAAAGCCAAUGACGAAGCUGACGGGCAAAGACGUCAAGUUUGAUUGGUCAGACGAUUGCUCGAGGAGUUUCACUGAGUUAAAGCGACAGCUGACCCAUGCGCCCGUUUUGGUACUCCCGAGGCCAGGGAUACCAUAUGAGGUUUACACUGAUGCGUCAGGCACUGGUUUAGGAUGUGUAUUGAUGCAGGAAGGUCAGGUCAUUGCAUAUGCAUCACGUCAGUUGAGGCCUCACGAGGUCAACUAUCCUACGCAUGAUUUAGAGUUAGCAGCAGUUGUAUUUGCACUGAAGAUCUGGAGAUCAUAUUUAUAUGGGGAGAAGGUGAAGAUCUUCACGGACCAUAAGAGUUUGAAAUAUAUCUUCACUCAGGCGGAUUUGAAUUUGAGGCAGCGUAGGUGGGUCGAGUUGUUAGCAGACUACAACCUGGAUAUUGCUUAUCAUCCGGGAAAAGCUAAUCAAGUAGCAGAUGCCUUGAGCAGGCGCAGGAGCGAUGUUUCAGGAACCAAGGAGGUUCAAGAGUUUACUAGGACACUUGCUAGUCUCAAAUUGUGUGCCACUACCGUGGAAGGUGAGGCAGUUGGCCUCGAGGCUGUGGAGCAAGCAGAUUUGUUAUGGAAAGUGCGUAAGGCUCAGGAUGCUGAUAAGGCUUUGUGUAAGCAGAUCGAGAUUGAGAGUAUUGGAUAUCAUACAGCUUCGAGUGGGAUGUUCAUGUAUCGGAACCGGGUUUGUGUGCCUAAUGAUGAGUUGUUAAAAAAGGAAAUCUUGCAGCAGGCACACCACUCGCGUUUCUCUAUUCAUCCAGGAAACACCAAGAUGUACAAGGAUCUCAAGCGUUAUUAUCAUUGGCUUGGCAUGAAGAGGGAUGUUGCUUCAUUUAUAUCGCAGUGUCAGACGUGUCAGAUGGUCAAGGCCGAGCAUCAGGUGCCUAGCGGGUUAUUGCAGAACCUGCCAUUGCCAGAGUGGAAAUGGGACAUGGUAACUAUGGAUUUUGUGACGGGGUUGCCAACCACCUUAGGAGGAAAGAAUGCCAUCUGGGUAAUCGUGGAUAGACUUACCAAGUCAGCCCAUUUUCUAGCUAUUAAGAAGACGGACAAAGCUGAUCAGUUAGCACAGACUUACAUCAGCGAGAUUGUGAGAUUGCAUGGAGUUCCUGUCAGCAUUGUAUCAGAUCGAGAUACAAAGUUUACGUCCGAAUUUUGGAGAGCCUUCCAGAAGGCGCUUGGGACGAAAGUGCAUAUGAGUACGGCUUAUCACCCGCAGACAGACGGUCAGUCAGAGAGGACGAUUCAGACUUUGGAGGAUAUGCUUAGAGCUUGUGUUUUGGAUUGGGAAGGGAGUUGGGCAAAGUACCUACCCCUAACGGAGUUCGCCUACAAUAAUAGUUAUCACUCGAGCAUUAAGAUGGCACCAUAUGAGGCUCUUUAUGGUAGGCCUUGUCGCACACCGCUUUGUUGGACCGAAGUGGGGGAGCGACGUGAGAUAGAACCUGCAAUGGUUCAAGAGACAGUUGAGCAGGUUGAGAUGCUUAAGAUGCGGCUUAGGGAAGCCCAUGACCGUCAGAAGAGUUAUGCAGAUAAGCGGCGUAAAGAUUUGGAGUUCCAGGUUGGCGACCUGGUAUACCUGAAAAUGAGGACAUUUCAGGGAGGAUCUAAGACUCGGAAGCUGAAGAAGCUUAAACCGAGAUAUAUGGGACCAUAUCCCAUUUUGGAGCGAAUUGGAGCAGUUGCUUACCGAUUGGAUUUAUCCGAAGAGUUAUCAGAUUUCCAUGACGUGUUUCAUGUUUCGGUUUUGAGGAAAGUCGUGAGAGAACCAGAGCUCAUUUUGCAGCAGCCGCCCAGUGACCUUGGUAGGAAUUUGCGUGCGCCGUGUCAGCCAGUAGAGCUAUUGGAUCGCCAAGUGAAAGCAGAUGAUGGUAUGAUGACUAUGUUGGUCAAAGUUCGUUGGGAGAGAGAUGGUAUUCAGGAAGAAACUUGGGAGUCCGAGCCCCAGAUGAUGAUUGAUUAUCCGGAGCUUUUCCGGGUUGACAUUGGACAUGACAACUUAUGAGUCCUUGUAAGUAGGGGAGAAUUGUAAUGACCCCAACCCUAGGCUUUGCCCAAGGGUCAAGUCAUUUUUCUUUAAAGAGAGAGAGAGAGAGAGAGAGAGAGAGAGAGAGAGAGAGAGAGAGAGAGAGGGGAGAGAGAAGCACACCAAGAGUCCUCGCCGGAGCCACCGCACGCCAGGACGUCAUCAAGCUCGUCAUCACCAUCAACCGCAGCUCGAGGCCAUCAUCGUGUUCCUCUCGUCAAGACGAAGCCGUAGACACCAACCGCGUCGCGAUCGGAGCCUGGACGAAGCCGUACGCGCCCCCCGAAGAUUCGCCUCUGCGCGCGCGUGAGUUCCACGCGCCGCCGCCGGACCACCGUCCUCCGCCGCAGCGCCGCCGCCGGACCACCGUUCUCCGCCGCAGCUCCGCCGUCGCCGCCGGCCAACUUUCCGAUUUGGAGUCCAUUUGAGCAGCUGGAGUUCAUAUAUACCACUUCUCUUCAUUGCUAAGGUGAGACCGACGAGCAGGAGUGAUUUUUCGGACCGGUGCUAUUGGGCUUUUGGGCUUCUAUCGUUUUAUCGAUUUUAUCGUUAUCGGGCCUCUAGGCCUUUGGACUUUUAUCGUUAUGGUAUUUCGUAUUUUGGAUUCUCGGUUUAUGUCGUACCUUAUGUUUCAGAUUUUAAUUUAUAUUAUGGAAUUCA